ACUUCCUGGUUACCUGCCUGCAACAUGAGAUGCUUCAUAUCAGCCACCAUUAUGACUGGCUACAUCUGCCGCCUGAAUAUUUAAAGCCAUCUGGGUAUCAGGUUGCAGAUGACUGGUAAAUUAUUAAUUCCUGGAGAUUGGCUAAAUUAGUCUGGAGCAUUUCGAUGUGAGGUAGCGGCAAACACUUUCAAAGAAGCAGGUAUGUUUGGUUCUUGACUUUUUGAUCUGAGCCUUUUAUUUAUCUUGAAUCAUCAAUAAUCAAUGAUUAAUGAAAACACCUAUGAAGGGAACUUAUUAUAGAUGGUAUCUGUGCGAUUGCUGCAGUGGAUUGUUACUAAGUAAUUUAUUUGCAGCCAGAUUAGCAGAGCUUCUCUGUUUUGUGCCAAAACUAAAAUAGAGUUUAGUUAAACUUUCUUACAGAGUAAGGUACUGUAUAAUUACAACAACACAUAAUAAUUUUCUAGUAAAAAUGUAAACAAACAAGUUAGCAUUAAUAAUGAUCAGCCAUGGGAUAAUAGUCACCCUUAUGUUCUGCAUUAUAUUGGAGUAUUAGACAUGGUUAUAUAAAGUUUAUAUAUGUGAAUCUACUGUAUUCUGCUGUAGAUUGUUGGAGACUAAUAGCUGUGAUAAAGAUAGAGGUUUAAGAACAGGUGACUGGUUUUGUGUCCUAUGUGGGGUUUAGGUUACAAAACAGAAGAGCAGUGAUAAAUGUUUGAUCCUGUUGUGUGUUAUGCUUUGCUCUGAAACCAGCUAACGCUGUCUGACUCUCUUCAGGACCUGAAACGUGUUGAAACAGCUUGCGUAUGUGCCUUUUUAAAGUUCUUGUUAAAUUAGAACAAUGUUCCGGUGUUCUCGCGUAACUUCAUGUGACAUACUUGCUGAGAAGUUGCUAGUUUUUGUAAUUAAACUUACUGGUUAUUCGGUACUUUUCUUUAAUGAAAUUUGAUGUAAAACAUGUGGUAUCUGAACAUGUAAACUUCCCUCACACAUCUUUUCCACAAAGGACACACUGAAGGGCAUCGGAUGUGCUGCAUAUUUGACAGUGUCUGCUCAACACCCGUCUGAAAUUCAUUGUGUUCUGAUUUAUAAACCUGUCCCCGUGUGACAGGGUUAAGCAUAAUUUUUCACAUCAAUUUUCCAGAUCGCCUAAAAUAAAAGACUUCCCCUUCAGUCCCUCAGGGACACACAACCUCUGUGAUGCAUUAACAUGUUUAUGAUGAGAAGAGCAGACACUGGAUUGAAAAUAAACAUCCCUCUCCAUCAUGUUUAUCUGGGAAAAGUGUCAUUUUAUUAAAAAGUGGGUGCAUGCUUCCCAGCAUGGAAGAAAUGGGGUCGUUAUCUUUUGUGUUAUUUUAUUUUCCAUGCUUUCAUGUCACUUACUGUUCUUGCAUGGUGUUUUUAGUCACAAGAAAAUCAUAUUUUAAAUAUAAAAAGCCUCUAAAGCACCUUGAUCAUUCCAUGAAGCUGCUUGUUCAAAGGUGGGGCGAAAGUUUGCCACUUCAGGUCCGGUAAUCUCUGACCAAUCCAAUUGAUCUCCAGCAGAUUGCACUUCUUAGUGUGCACAGCAAGGUCUCAGUGGAGACGGCUAAUUCAGUGACUGUGGGAAACGCCACUUGUUGCCCAAGGAAGCAUUAGCUGUUGCUAUCGGUGUUGCUGUAUUAUGAUCACUAGAGACUCUUCACUUGUAACUUUUCUCAGUGCCGAUGAGUCAGAAGAACAUAACACUUGCCAUGUAAGUAUAGACUGUGUUCUUACAUUUAAAUGUUUUUGUUUUAAGAUUAUAAUGUGGCACCUUUGUGGUUAUUUAUCUCUCAGGAAACGGCUGGGAUGAUGGUGUCUGUGCUUUGUUGUUUAUAGAUUUUGUCUGCUUUUCUUUGUAGCUGAUGUGUUUUGUUCUCAUGCUGCAGCAGUGUGACCUCUGUCAAUCACAACCAGCUUUCUGUUCCCUGUGCAAAGCAUUAAGCAUUAGAGAUGGGAUUAACAUUUUCCUUGGUUUAUUUGAACCGUACAAUCACAACAUUUUGACAGGAUUUAUGAAAACACUGUUGAUCCUGGCUCUGGUUUGAUCCACAGGAGAUCUCUUUAUGGACUGUACCCCUACAAGUCCAGCAUGAUUGGGCUGGAGAACCUGGGCGAUCCCUCGGCCGACUGGGACAUAGUGGAAACCAUUGGGAAAGGGACGUACGGCAAAGUCUACAAAGUGACCAACAAAAAGGACGGGAGCCAGGCGGCAGUGAAAGUGCUGGACCCGAUCAACGAUGUAGAUGAGGAGAUUGAAGCAGAAUACAACAUCUUGAGGUCUUUGUCGAACCAUCCUAAUGUGGUGAAGUUUUACGGCAUGUUUUACAAGUCAGACAACUUAUCUGGGGGACAACUCUGGCUGGUACUGGAGCUGUGCAACGGCGGCUCCGUCACAGAACUCAUCAAAAGCCUGAUCAUGCGCGCCCAGCGUCUGCAGGAGCCCGUCAUCUCAUACAUCUUGUACAGUGCCCUCUUGGGGCUGCAGCAUUUGCACAACAACCGGAUAAUCCAUCGUGACGUCAAAGGAAACAACAUUCUCCUCACAACUGAAGGGGGAGUCAAACUGGUCGACUUUGGUGUUUCCGCUCAACUGACCAGUGCACGGCUGCGGAGGAACACAUCGGUCGGGACACCAUUUUGGAUGGCUCCUGAGGUCAUAGCCUGUGAGCAGCAGUACGACUCCUCGUACGACGCCCGCUGUGAUGUGUGGUCUCUUGGCAUCACAGCCAUCGAGCUGGCAGACGGAGACCCCCCGCUGGCUGAGAUGCAUCCAGUGAAAGCGCUCUUCAAAAUCCCGCGAAAUCCCUCGCCCACACUUCGAAAUCCUGACCAGUGGUGCAGAAGUUUCAGCCAUUUCAUCAGCCAGUGUUUGAUAAAGGACUUUGAGGCCCGUCCAUCUGUGACCCACCUGCUGGAGCAUCCCUUCAUCAAGCAGGUCCAUGGCAAGGAUGUGGCUCUCAGCCAGCAGUUAGCAGAUCUUAUCAGAGAGCAGCAAGAAGCUGGGUGUAAAACCAGAAGCAGGCACAAGCGGAUUAAUACUCGUAAAACCCUGACAAUUGAAAGCUGCCCUGAUGACGAUCUGGUAAACCUGGAAUUUCUAGAUGAGGAGAUAAUCAUCAGUCAUCUCCAGAAGCGCUACGAUGAGCUUCAGGUCUACACUUAUGUUGGCGACAUCCUCAUCGCUCUCAAUCCUUUUCAGAAUCUCAGCAUCUAUUCUCCUCAGUUUUCUAAGCUGUAUCAUGGCGUAAAGAGAGGUAGCAACCCUCCACACAUCUUUGCCACAGCAGAUGCAGCGUACCAAGGAAUGGUGACUUUCUGCAAAGACCAGUGCAUCAUCAUUAGUGGUGAAAGUGGAGCAGGGAAGACAGAAAGUGCUCAUUUGAUUGUUCAACAUCUUACCUUCUUAGGAAAGGCAAACAACAGGACUCUUCGGGAGAAGAUCCUGCAGGUCAACCCUCUGGUCGAAGCCUUCGGAAACGCCUGCACAGCUAUCAAUGAUAACUCCAGCAGAUUUGGUAAAUACCUGGAGAUGAAGUUCACACCAACCGGAGCCGUCAUCGGGGCAAAGAUCUCUGAAUAUCUGCUGGAGAAAUCGCGGGUUAUCAAGCAAGCAGCUGGCGAGAAGAACUUUCAUAUAUUUUACUACAUGUACGCCGGGCUUUACCACCAGUCCAAGCUGAAGACUUACAGGCUGCCAGACAGGACACCUCCCCGGUACAUUGACAGUCAGCAGAGCAAAGUGAUGCAGGACAUUGUCUCGAGGAAACAGUACAAGGAGCAGUUUGACGCAAUUCAGGAGUGUUUCAGAAAUAUCGGCUUCACGGAAGAAGAGGUGAACUCUGUCUACAGGAUUCUGUCAGGCAUUCUGAACACGGGCAACAUUGAGUUUACUGCCAUCACGUCUCAUCACCACACAGAUAAGAGUGACGUGCCUAACUCAGAGGCCUUAGAGAACGCUGCGUCUCUGCUCAGCAUCGGCUCCGAGGAGCUCCAGGAAGCGCUGACCUCUCAGUGCGUGGUCACGAGAGGCGAGACCAUCAUCCGCACAAACACCGUGGACAAAGCCGCCGACGUCCGAGACGCCAUGUCCAAGGCCUUGUACGGACGCCUCUUCAGCUGGAUCGUCAACCGCAUCAACUCGUUGCUGCAGCCUGACAUGAAGAUCUGUGCCGCAGAGAGCUGCAUGAAUGUGGGAAUCCUGGACAUCUUUGGAUUUGAAAACUUCAAGAAGAACUCGUUUGAACAAUUGUGCAUCAACAUUGCAAAUGAGCAGAUCCAGUUUUAUUUCAACCAGCACAUAUUCGCCCUUGAACAGAUGGAAUACCAGAGCGAGGGAGUGGAUGCCAGCCUGGUGGAGUAUGAGGACAACAGGCCCAUUCUGGACAUGUUCCUGCAGAAGCCAAUGGGGCUUUUAUCCUUACUGGAUGAGGAGAGUCGCUUCCCCCAGGCCACCGAUCAGACCCUUGUGGAUAAAUUUGAAGACAAUCUGCGUUGCAAAUAUUUUUGGAUUCCUAAAUGCAUGGACCUUUGCUUCGGAAUACAACAUUAUGCUGGAAAGGUGAUGUACAACGUAAAUGGAUUUCUGGAAAAGAACCGGGACACUCUUCCUGCAGAUAUUGUUUUGGUGUUGAGAACAUCGGAGAGCAAACUCCUUCAGCAGCUGUUUUCCAGCCCUCUGACUAAAACAGGAAAUCUGGCGACGUCCAGGGCUCGGGUCACCGCUGCCUCCAGAUCUCUCCCCCCUCAGCUCACCUCGGGACGCAGGAAGUCUCCAAAAUACCUAAUGAAGGUGGACACUCUGGAGAUGAUGCGUCACCCAGAAGAAACCACCAACAUGAGGAGGCAGACUGUGGCAUCUUACUUUCGUUACUCCCUGAUGGACUUGCUCUCUAAGAUGGUGAUGGGUCAGCCGCACUUUGUGCGCUGCAUCAAACCCAACGAUGACAGGCAGGCACUGCGCUUUUGCAAGGAGAGGGUGAUGGUGCAACUGCGCUACACCGGGAUCCUGGAGACAGUCAACAUCCGCCGACAAGGCUUCUCCCACCGCAUCCAGUUCGAGGAGUUUGUCAACAGAUAUUACUACCUUGCAUUUCGCGCCCACCUGAUGCCUGAAACAAGCAGAGAAAACGCAGUCGCUAUACUGGAACGGGCCAAACUCCAAGGCACGGUGUUGGGGAAAACAAAGGUGUUUCUGAAGUACUACCAUGUGGAGCAGCUGAACCUGCUGCUGCGGGAGGUGAUUGCCCGGGUGGUGGUGAUGCAAGCUUAUGCUAAAGGCUGGCUGGGAGCCCGCCGAUACCGGAAAGUAAAGGAGAAAAGAAACCGCGGCGCCAUCAUCAUCCAGUCAGCCUGGAGGGGCUACGUUGCGCGGCAGAAUCUGAAGCAAAUAAAAAAGGAGCGGGAACAAGCUGCAGUCCGCAUACAGUCAGUUUACAGGGGCCAUCGAGUCCGUCAUGUCCACGGAUCCCAAGAGCAACAAUGUGAAAAUGAGGCCGGAGGAAAGACCACCAAAGAAGAGCACUCAAGGUGCAGCCCAAAGAACGAAGAGGCUCAUCCAGAUGACUUACAUGAAGGAAAUGUUGGCCCUGACAGCCAAGACAGACAAGUGAAAGACAUCAAGAGAGACAAAAGCAGAGGAGAAGACGGUGUAACGAAACCUUGCAGGGAGACAGCCAGGCUGCAAGACGUGCAGUGUAAACAAGGUUCAGUGACGAAGCCGCAGCAGAGGACUUCUCGUCGUCGUGGCCAGGAGCCCAAGCUGCUCAACAGCCCUGAAGACAGCCUGUACUACAACCAGCUAAAUAGAACUCUGGAUCACCAGGGGAGCAAGAGGAAGCCGAGAAAACUUGGUCAAAUCAAAGUGCUGGACGGAGAGGACGAGUACUACAAAUUACUGUCAACCGUGGAGUCGAUCCCCGAGGAAGAGCACGCGACUGAACCCCCUCCCACCCUUUCCUACGGGCCCCUCGUCAGUCAGCGCUGAAGCUCUGCAUCAGUGUCAGCCGGUUGCCUUGUUCUGGAGCAGAACCAGACCCAACACAUCUGAAGAAUACACGACUUUUACUGUAAAUGUUUAUUUAUUUCUAGAUGUACUGCUGUUUUUUAUGAGCCCAAUAAAUGUUUUAAAAAUCUUGUU